ACUUUUCUGAACGCACAAUAAGAGGAGGAAGACAGACCAGCGAAUUAAACCGUGAGAUAAACUUCAGGUAGACAUGGCACACUGAUCAAUAACUUUUGAUCGUGCCCGACCAUGCAGGACCCACUUUGUUACAAACAAAUAAACGAAGAGAACGCUAUGUGUGUCUUCCAUGGUGAACGGUAAAUGUGAGAUCAAGAGGCUGUGCCGUGGCUGCUCGUCUCCUGCCAGAAUCCUGCUUGAUCCCCCUUGAGUAGAUUAGCAGGCCUGGGUGGGGGCUGCCGUCAGCAAGGACCGGCCGAGUUGAUCUUCACAGGUUGUGCUCGGAAGACUAUGAAGUGCACCUUUGCCUGGAGCUCCUGAGUGAAGAUGAAUGUACGGCUUGUCCUGCUGCUCACCGGGUCCGUCCUGGCCUGUGCCGAACAAGAGCCGGGUGGAGAUGCAGCACCUGGCACGUAUUGGUCAGGAACUGCCCCCUUGUGUUUGGGGGGCUGCAGAGGAAAACAUAAAGAGCUCAAACAAGACCUCUGCGGGGAUGGCAAGUGCUGCUGGCUGGGAUCCAAAUCCUACUGCAAAGUGAACUGUGGGAAGCCGGACGCAGACUUCAAUUCUCUCGUUUUUGGAAAUGAUUGGUGGGUUGGCUCGGUGGUGCGUUACGCUUGUCGCCCGGGGUUUUUGUUGGUUGGGGAUCCCGCUCGGGCUUGCCAGUCCAAUGGCAGGUGGACCCCCCGACCCAGCUGUCUGCGGAUCUGUCUGCGUGGACGCCUAGAGAUCAACGAGAAGGACAUCGAUGGCAGCUGUUCAUCCACAUGUUCAGCUAAAACCCACCUGGGCUCCCCCAAUCAUGGCUGCAUCAAGAUUGACCACUGUGUGACCAAACAGUCGGGCUGGAAGCGCUGGUUUGUGCGCUGCGACUUCUGUGAAUGCGACUGCUUCGUGCCCUGCAGGUUUUCUGGCUGAACUGCCCUCUUGCCACAGAAUAUGAACAUGCCUGUCACCAGGCUAAGACUCUCACAACUACCGUGCCAUCCAUCGCUGGCCCGCCAUCUGUAAUCUGAUGGAUUAGGAAUGAGCGAUUUGUGGACGGCCGCCCUGCAAUCUGCUGCUUCCGAGCCGAAUCCUCUUAGCGGCUGGUUUGGAUUUGUUAUGGUUUUGAAAAAAGGGUCAGUUAAGCUGAAGGAGGGCCUUCCUGGACUGCGUGUCAUCUUGUAGACUUUACAUUGACCACAGUGGACAUUAUCUGUUUAAGCGAGGCCGUAAUGAGAGAUGAUGAGAACUGCGCAGCCUGGACUCGAAAAAAACUGGAGCAGCCUGAA